AUGAAUGAUGAUCAAACUGAGAUCUACGACGAACUCUCGUCCUCCGUCGAGCUCCUCUUCACUGCUCAACAUCGCGUCUUCCUCUUCAUGAUCCUUGUCAUGGGUCGUCGAUUCCGGAUCUUGCGCUGGGACCGUGCUGGCGUCAUCUCCACCCCUCCCGUCGACUACUUCGAACAGCCGACCAUCGCCUGCGACUACCUAUACCACUUAUGCCGCCUGGGGGACGAUUCUCUGGGUUUUGACCCCACUGCCACUCGAUUGCGUCCUAAUGACGUCGACUUCUUGCGUAUGGAUGUCGCAGCACUUCCUGACGCGAAGGACGUCGACCACUCGGAACGCGAUCUGAGUGAAGGGGAUGUUCGUGAACCUUUCACCUUCGCAUACAUCCGCUCGCUCUUCCGUACGUCGCUGGACUGCGACUGGCCACGUCAUCGGUUAGUUGUUCAGGAUGGUGGCCAGAAGCACGACUACCUCGUCGGCAAACCUACCUUCCAUGCCAGUGGGACAAUGGGUCGCGGGACGCGUGGUUAUGUCGCCUAUGAAUGCUCAAGCCGCCGCUUUGUAUGGCUGAAAGACGCGUGGCGCGCGUCGUACAAGAUCACGGAUCGAGAAGGCGACAUCCUCGCGAAACUGAACGCGGCAAAGGUCACUAAUGUCCCGACCCUCGUUUGUCACGGCGACGUCAAUAAUCAGACGACGAUCACAGCUGAUUGGUGGGAGCGCCAGUCUUCUCUCCUCUCGCGCCACGCAUCCCGAGCCGGAUCCUCGAGGUCAUCCUCUAACACUUCUUCCGACCCGAUCUCGUUGAGCGGUAGAAAGCGGAAGAGGGCUGAAGACGCCAUGGUCCGCACGCUCCCCAUGCAAUCGGAUGGUUCUAUGCCGCACGCCAUCGCUGAAACCACUGGACCUCUUCGGCAACAUACUCACUAUCGAGUCGUCAUGGCAGAGGUGUGUUUGCCUCUGAAGAUCUUCCAAUACGGCCAGCAACUUGUGUCCAUCGUGCUGGAUUGCAUACGCGCCCAUCAUCAAGUAUCUGUGAAGCCUACACUCCGUUUGCUUCAUUGCGACAUCAGCAGCGGCAACAUCCUGAUAUACCCCAAAGUCAUCCGUGAUGAGGAUGGUACCAAUCCUUGGAUGGUGUGGACCGGCAUACUCAGCGAUUGGGAGAUGUCGAAACCGAUCGACGCACAAGAAGCGCCCUCCGGUGCUACUCGGGCGAAUCGCAUGAGCACCAAGGGAACGUAUCAGUUCAUGUCGGUCAACCUCCUCUCGGACCUGUCCAAACCCGUCAAGGUCUCGGACGAGUUAGAAUCCUUCCUCCAUGUCCUCCUCUACUACUCGGUACGGUACCUCCAGUCCAACUGCAGCAGCGUUACAGGCUUCAUCAAAGGAUACUUCGACACUUACGCUGGCCCUGACUGCCAGUACACGUGCGGUCAAAAAUCUGUUACGAUGCAAAGCUCCGGCGUGCUUCAAAUACAACGGCCUUACAUGCCGCUCCAGUUCUUCAGUCCUAUGGACAACAUCCUUAUUACCAUGGUCAAGUGUUUCGCGGCGCACUACAAGGUCCUGGAUCACGAGGCACGCAAAGCCCGCCCCCAUCGCCCUCCUCCGCGUUGCGAUCCACCCUCCCCACGUGACGAUGGCGAUAAACUUGCCGUUCUGCCCGACUCUAAUGAGUCAGGCUCCGGGAUUGCCGACGUCGACUGGGAUAAUCUAGAUGAUGACCUACUUGACAGCAUCCCCACCCCCGAGGAGCUCCAGCUGGCGUCCAAGGUCACGACUCACGAUUUCAUGUUAGAUUAUCUCGCGGAGAUUCUCCACCAUCAGCGCUGGCGGCUGGGCGAUCGAAUAACCCCGGCGCCUCCCCCAGAGACCAGCGGGGCAAAAUUGGACGGGGACUCGCUGAGGCGGUCGGUGGCUAUUCCCACCGAAACUAGUACCGGCAAUAAGAGGCUGCGGACGAAGGGCCCAGAGCGCGGCGUCUCCCUUCCUGCUCGUCUGCAUUCGUCGACACGCCGCUCGCGCCCAAGACCACGUACCCUCCCGAUGAGAGCGAGGUCAUGA